AAACAGUUAGUUCUGGCCGAGAAAAUGAGAGGGAGGAACGUUUUUUAGGGAGGGAGCUAGACCAAAAAGAAAGGCGAAUAACCCAGUUCUUCAAACCCCACAACAAUCAAUGGGAAAACAGAUUCUCCGUACUAGAGAAUUCCAUAGAAACACCACCCAAAAGGAAGAGAGCGGAGGAAAACUCUUGGAGAGAGGAACAUCCAAAAAGGAAUUAG